AGCAAUGCUCCUCCCUCUGUGUCUGAAGCAUUUAAGGGGUGGAUCCUUUUUUAUUUAACAGCACUAUCGCUUAAAAAACCGCACUUCUCGUUAAAUGCAAUCUUUCACACAAGUCCUUCAGCUUUCAGUUCCAAUAUGAUUCUUCCUCAGUUCCUGCUCUUUUUAGUCUACCUCUAUAGACCACUGGUUUGUUAUGCGUUUAAGAUUUGUGCCUUUAACGUUCAGAGUUUUGGAGGCUCAAAGGCAACAGAUGCAACACUUUUGCACAUUGUUACACAGAUUGUGGCACGCUAUGAUGUGUGUUUGCUUCAAGAGGUCCGAGAUCAGAAGAAAACAGCCAUUCCACGUCUGAUUAAUAGACUCAAUAACUAUGAAAGCAUUCACCAGUAUGACUAUGUGUCCAGUGGACGUCUUGGCAGGACACCAACCUAUCAAGAGCAAUAUGUUUUUGUGUUCAGGACCGACUCAGUCAGGCUAAUAGACGUUUAUCAGUAUCCAGACACACAGAAAGGAGAUGAGGAUGCUUUUGCCAGGGAGCCUUUUAUUGUGCGCUUCCAGGCACCUAAAACAGUGAUUGGCGAGUUUGUUCUGAUUCCAAUGCACACCUCUCCUUCUAAUGCCACCAAAGAGAUUGAUGAACUCUAUGAUGUCUUUGAGGAUAUAAGACGGAGGUGGAAGACAGAGGACAUAAUGUUCCUUGGUGACUUUAAUGCAGCUUGUGGAUAUGUGGCCAAGAAAAACAGAAAGAAUAUAAGGCUCUACUCUGACAUAUUCACCUGGCUGAUAGAUGACAAUCAGGACACUACAGUAAGAGGGACCACUGACUGUGCAUAUGACAGGAUAGUUGUACAUGGAGAUUCAUUUCUCAGGUCUAUAAUACCAUUCUCAGCACAACCAUUUAACUUUGCCAGGGCAUAUCAAAUUAAGGAGGAAGAGGCUUUACGUGUGAGUGACCACUAUCCUAUAGAGGUGGAGCUGAAGAUCAAAUCAGGAAGUGAGCAAAGAAGCAUAAUCUUGCUCCAAAUAACUCUUGGCUUUCCCCUUCUACUCCAACUAAAAUGACAGCCUUUUUUAUUUUGGACUUUUUUAUUUUGUCAGAUUGAGAGAAGAUAUGCAAUACUGCCAAUUUUCAAAAAUAUCUAAACCCAAGCUGUACAAGAAUGCACUGAGUUUCUUGGCAAUAAUGUGAAACACAUUUUAAUUUUUUUUAAUUGAGAUUAUAAUGAGAAAAUAAGAUAAUGAACUAUUAAAUUAAAUAUUUUUCAUUUCUUAUCAUGACGGAAUUGAAUAGGACAGUCCGAUUUCUUGCUAGUUGGAAGUACAUUGCCUCUUUAAUGGCAAUUAUUUGAUCUUUAUUUUUAUAUAUGACACAUCCAAGUUUCCCUGCCAAAAGAAAUGAUUAAAUCGUCCAAUGACGAUACCUAACUGUACAGUGUCAGUAGAUUGCGCACCUGGAUGAAUCUAACCCUUUUGUCAGAUUGAGGUCACCAUUUGUUAUUCAUGUCAAGGAGUAAAACUCAGUGCUGACAUACAGCUUGAGAGUGAUUCUGUGCUGGAUUUUAUUUUUUAUUAAUUUUGGAAUCCUUAUCGGACAUUACAGAUGCUGUUAAGGCGAAGGAAAGCUUUGCCAAGUAUUUUGGAAAUAAAUUUUUUCUCUUAGGAUAGCAAUUCAUGUGGUAUUCUUUUGGGAGUGUCCUGCUGUUCUAACCUACACACAGAUUUGGCCCCUACAGUCAACAUCCUAGAAAAGGGCUUGUCAGUGACAUACACUGACUAAAGUACCAAUAGCAUCUAAUGUGUGAAGUUCAUCCAAGUGCUUAUCUACUCAUUGUACAAUAAUUAGCUGCUGUUGGUGCAUGCACAUAUUUUGUCUGAGGAACAGUGUUUUAGAUCAUCUGUAUUUUGAAUAAAAAGGUGUAGACAUCUCUUCUCUCUAA